AUGGCUUCUUGCGACAUUUCUUCAUCCCCAGAAUCGUCAGAUAUAGAUACAGACGAAGAAUUUGGCGACGAUUCAUCCGAAUCUGGAUCAGAUUUUGAUCAGGAUGAUUCAGACAGCGACCAUUCCUUUGGAAGUGAGACAGACAGCGAUAACAACCAGGACACAGAUUCGACAUUAUUUGACCUUGACAGCCAGGCAAGCGACAUUAGAGAUUCUGACUUCUGGACUGAUGUUGUGGAAGACUUUGAUGUUCCAGACUUCAUCGAUACUUCAGGUUCCACUCAUCAGCUCUCUUCGGAUGCAAAUCCUCUGUUAUAUUUCCUGCUCUUGUUUCCCUUGAGUCUGGUACAGGUACUUGUGGACAACACCAAUUCGUAUGCUGCUCAGAGUGGAGCCCAGGGUUGGACGGAUACCACUAUCGACGAGAUGAAGGCAUUCCUCGGAUUACAAAUUCUGAUGGGGAUUAUUCAGCUUCCCAGAUACACUAUGUAUUGGUCAUCUGAUAAGUUUAUCGAUGUUGAGCUGACCAAUGUCUUCAAACCUUUACCAUGAAACAACUCGGAUCAUAAACUUUUCUAAAUAUUGAGGAAUAUGUUGAAUAUAAAAUGAAAAUACUUUACACCUGCUUAGUGCUCUUCUGGAAUUGGCA